AUGACGACUGCAAUUUGCAACGCCGAAAACCAACUAGCUGCUUCGAUGUCCUCAUCGAGAACCGGUCCUGGCACAGCGCCGAUGAAGGCAUCGCGUUCCUCAGCAGCCUUAUCACCACCACCCCGCUCAGCUGCAUCAAGUCCAGCAACCACAAUCGUCCCAAUGCAUGCUACUUCCUCGCCGACUGCAUCACGCUCGUCCUCAGAUCCCUUCACCUUGCACAGUCUGCCAUACUCUUCGUUGGGCUUGCUGCCUUCGCCGGACGUGCAUAUCAAGUACAGUCAAGUUGAUGGGUCAAGAAGGGCGUCUUGGAAAGCUACUGCGCGGAGCACACCAGUGAGUGGCUGCGCGGACCCACUGAGAGCAUCGGCAAGCAAGAGUGGAAAGGUGCAGUACGGACCAGGCUUCUAUAUCCCUCCUCCUGGGUAUCAGGCUUUGUCGAUGGCUGCAAGAAACGAAUCGGGUGCGCGGGAAGCUGGACCGUCGAUGGAUCGCAGCUUCGGGGCGAAGAUUGGUGGCGGUGCAACGGAAAUAGAGGCCGGUCGACAGAAUGAGCCUAAUUAUAGUAGGCCUGGGUGCUGUAAUGGUUCCGAAUGUCAACAGAAGCUGACUAGAUCGGCGUCGGUACAGGUUGUCCAACGCGGGAUGGCAUCGUCGCCAAAGGGCAGCUUGAUCGUGUGGGCAGCACUCGGUAUGCUGCUAGCAGCGACGCAGACGAUACUCUGGCGUCUGUUGGACAACAAGAACAGCAACCUGUGCAUAGCGAUAAGCUUCGGAGGCCUAUUUCUCGAACUUUAUGGCGUCUUGGUGGCCGUAGUUGGCCUUCUCUUUGGGUCCCAAGAUCGGAAAUCUGGGCGGAAUCGGGAUAAGGCAGCAUCGAUCCUUCGCAAAGGUGGAAGCCGGAAAGGGAGCUUGACGUUGAGCUUGUUGAACAGCAUGCCCAGCAUCAGUGGCUUUGUAGUCUGUCUCGGCGCAGUCUCGCAGCUGGCUACGCUAGUGAUCUAUGCUUCGCAGUCGCUCGACAAGUCAAUCGCUUACAGCAUGACCAGCGCUCUCGCCAUGGCAUUGGCUACCACCUCCAUCAGCUUCGGCAUCGGUCUUCACCGUGACGGUCAUUUCUGUUCCAGUCGCCGACGCCACCCGACUAGAUGCAAAGACAAACGCACGUCAAAAGGCCAGGAACACGAACCGACCCUUCCGAUCUCAAAUGGUCGCCCUCGUUCACUCUGCUCAUCCGUCUCGUCGCAUGGUGGCAGAUACGUAUCUGACUAUGGUCUAGAGUCGGAUACGGAUAGCGACGAUGGCAGCCCCGGUAUCAAGCAGCCACGAGCGGAUUGGAUGGACGAAGCGCUCAAAGACUUUAUCAGGAGCCCACUUCUUGAUAUGCCAAAACGACAUGGAUAG